AUGGAGGACGCGACGGAGGCACGCGCUCGCCAGAUCGGCGGAUGUAUCGGGAAGGGGAGCGUGGCGGCGGUGCGCGCUCGCCAGAUCGGCGGAUGCAUCGGGAAGGGGAGCGUGGCGGCGGUGCGCGCUCGCCAGAUCGGCGGAUGUAUCGGGAAGGGGAGCGUGGCGGCGGUGCGCGCUCGCCAGAUCGGCGGAUGUAUCGGGAAGGGGAGCGUGGCGGCGGUGCGCGCUCGCCAGAUCGGCGGAUGUAUCGGGAAGGGGAGCGUGGCGGCGGUGCGCGCUCGCCAGAUCGGCGGAUGUAUCGGGAAGGGGAGCGUGGCGGCGGUGCGCGCUCGCCAGAUCGGCGGAUGUAUCGGGAAGGGGAGCGUGGCGGCGGUGCGCGCUCGCCAGAUCGGCGGAUGUAUCGGGAAGGGGAGCGUGGCGGCGGUGCGCGCUCGCCAGAUCGGCGGCGGAACGAUGGCGGGGAAAGCGGUGGCGGCGCGCGCUCGCCAAACCCACGACGUCCGCACGAGGACGAGAGGCACGGAAGCGGCUACCGCUCGCCAGCACGGCAGCAGCUGCAGGAGGAAAGGCGCAGGGGCGGCUACCACUCGCCUGAGCCAUGGCAGCACCAAGACAAUGGACGUGGGGAAAGUGGGCACUCACCAGAUCCGCGGAGGUAUCACAACUGGAGAGGCGGAGGGGAGCGGCGCUCUCCAGAUACUCGCUAUCCGCGCGAGGAGAGACGCGGAGGCAGCUACCGCUCGCCUGAUCUGCGACGGUACCAUGGAGAGAGAUGGGGAGGCGAGACGCGAUCGCCCGACUGGCACAGGCAACCUGGAGAAAGCCGGGGAGAGGGAUACGGCUCGCAGCCUCGGCAACAGACCAGGGAUGGGGAACGCGGCGGUGGACGUCACUCACCUGAUCGGUACUGGCAACCAGAAGGAAGACGUGCCAGUGAGGAAGGACGGGAUCAACGCGACAGCAGAGAAGGAGGUAGUGGACUGA